AUGUGGAAAUCACCCAGGAGUUUUUCACUCACUGGUAGAUUGUGUUGCUUUCCCAAGGAUCCACUGGAGGAUGUUGAGUCCUGGAGUGAGUCGGUGGAUAAAGUCCUCAGUAGUAAAGCUGGACAAAUAGCUUUACGGGAGUUCCUGAAGUCUGAGUACAGUGAGGAAAACAUAUUAUUUUGGCUUGCCUGUGAGGAGUACAAGAAAAUCAAAACAGUUCCAGAGAUGAUCUCAUCUGCCAACAGGAUCUACUCAGAGUUCGUCCAAACAGAAGCCCCCAGGCAGAUCAACAUAGACUGUUCAACCAGAGAAAACAUUACAAAGAACAUCUCCCAGCCAACCCUGACGUCCUUUGAUACGGCGCAGAAGCUCGUCUACAGCCUGAUGGCCAGGGACUGCUACCCACGCUUCCUCAAAUCUGACAUCUAUCAGGGACUUCUGAGGAAAGCCAGUUCAAGGUGA